GAGGAGACACCCUGCCCCUCCAGUGCCACCCCACAUCCAGCCAAGAGCCAGUGCCUGCAGCGCCUGCCUUCUCCCCGCCAGUCUGCCAGCCCAUCAAGCUUCCAGCUAAACCGCACCUCCGACCUGCCAAGGUCUGCCAGGCAGGAGAUGCCUACACCCGGGAGAAGUUCAAGCCACGUGCAAGGCGAGAUUUGGAAAAGGAGAAGCAAAGGCUCCAAAACAUCUUAGCGACAGGGAAGGAUGUGGUGGAGCACAAGGCGAUGCCCGUUCAGACAAAGGAAGAGGAGAUACCGGAGCCUGACCGCUUUGAAGAACUGGUGAAUGAAGUUCGGGAAAGGAAGGAGUUCCUGGCAGAGAUGGAAGCGCUAGGACAGGGCAAGAAGUAUCGAGGGAUUGUCCUCACUGAAAUCUCACAGAAAAUGCGUGAGAUGGAGGUCAUUGACAAGAAGAGAAGCGAGGAGAUGAGAGAGACCACGGUGAAAGAUUUCCCUGGUGAGGACAAAUCCGAUCCCCACAACUAG